UUCUCAUCUGAUAGGAGGACACCUACUCUGCCUCUCUCCCUCCCAUCCUUUCUCUCUCUCCUUCUCAUCGGUGGUGUGUAUUAUAUGAGACGCGUGUGCGCAGAUCGUAUCCUCAGAGAGGAAAAGGGAAAAAAGGAGACGGUAUAGGGAGCAAGAAAACAAGUCAAUCAAGGGAGCGUAGCUAUAGCUGUGUUUACCGUAUACUGGAUUUAACGCACACCUCCACACAACCCUACGCUGCCGAGGAAGAUCGCUGGAUGCAAAGGAGGAAGAGGAGGACGGAGUGCGGAUGCUAGUCACAGACCAAGAAAGGCAGAAUUUCUAAGGUUUUAUUCGACAAAAAUCUCAAAAUUAAGUGGAAUAAGCGCACGUAAUUUACAGCAAUGGAGACCAGCUGUUGGCACUGAGGCAGCCACUUCUUCCAUCAUUCUGAUGACAACAGUCCCCCAUGGCGCUUAUUCAUGAACCUCGUGCCUCCUCACCCUCCCUCUCGGGUUUCAACACCCCACUCUCUGACCCUCCAUCAUUUCGCCGACUUGAUGCCGAAACACCCUGCACCCCAGAAAUGGACCUGACCCCGACCCAGUGUGUCCUCCGAAAUGUUCUUUCCAUAGACACUGGUGAAGCUGUAGAGCCUGGGGGUGGAGGACGAGAGGGACAGACUGCCGGACAUAACCAGACACCCAGCGAGGAACAACAGGAGCACUUUGCCAACAGUGUCCUGAAGCUCCAUGAGCAUGAUGGGAGCUCUGGAAGAACAGAGGGAGAGGGGCAGGAACUGGACAGCUCUGUGGUCAGGAGCCAGGCAGAUGACGCCAGGUUACAGUGCCAGUCGACUGGAGGGGGAGGAGGGUUUCUGGAGGGGUUGUUUGGGUGCUUGCGGCCUGUCUGGACUAUGAUUGGAAAGGCUUACUCAACAGAGCACAAACAUGUCCUGGAUGAGGAGUGGGAGGUUCCAUUUGAGGAGAUAUCGGACCUGCAGUGGGUGGGCAGCGGAGCCCAGGGUGCGGUCUUCCUUGGGAAACUGCAUGGACAGGAAGUGGCUGUGAAGAAAGUGCGAAACAUCAAAGAAACAGACAUCAAACAUCUGCGGAAGCUCAAACACCCCAACAUUAUCACUUUUAAAGGUAUCUGUACUCAGGCUCCAUGUUACUGCAUCAUCAUGGAGUACUGUGCUCAGGGACAGUUGUAUGAGGUGUUGAGAGCAGGAAGAAAGAUCACUCCAUCCCUGCUCAUGGACUGGGCCAUGGGAAUUGCUGGGGGCAUGAACUAUCUGCACCUCCACAAAAUCAUCCACAGAGACCUCAAGUCACCCAAUAUGCUGAUCACUUACGAUGACGCUGUGAAGAUCUCUGAUUUCGGCACAUCUAAAGAGCUCAGUGACAAGAGCACCAAGAUGUCUUUUGCUGGGACUGUGGCCUGGAUGGCUCCUGAGGUCAUCCGCAAUGAACCUGUCUCAGAGAAAGUGGAUAUUUGGUCAUUUGGCGUUGUGCUGUGGGAAAUGUUGACAGGGGAGGUGCCAUACAAGGAUGUGGACUCCUCUGCUAUCAUCUGGGGAGUGGGCAACAACAGUCUACAGCUGCCUGUACCUGAUAGCUGUCCAGACAGCUUCAAACUGCUCCUGAAGCAAUGCUGGAACUGCAAGCCAAGAAACAGACCUUCAUUUCGACAGAUCCUCCUUCAUCUUGACAUCGCCUCUGCUGAUAUACUGUCUACUCCACAAGAAACUUACUUUCAGUCUCAGGUGGAGUGGAGGGAUGAGGUGAGACACCACUUUGAGAAGAUCAAGUCUGAGGGGACAUGUCUUCACAGGCUGGAUGAGGAGCUGAUCAAACGACGAAGAGAAGAACUCAGACAUGCGUUGGACAUCCGGGAGCACUAUGAGCGGAAACUGGAGAGAGCCAAUAAUCUCUACAUGGAGCUCAAUGCUAUCAUGCUACAGCUGGAGAUCAAAGAAAAAGAGCUGCUUAAGAGGGAGCAGUCAUUGGACAAGAAGUACCCAGGCUGCUUUAAACACCACAGUUCCAGACAAUCUGCUUCCUCCAACUCGAUGGAAAAGCUCAUGAAAAAGCGCAAUGUGCCUCAGAAACUGCCCUCACACAGCAAGAGGCCAGACUUAUUAAAGUCAGAGGUAAUCCUCCCAAAAUUGGACUCAUCUAUGACUCAGGUCACCAUCCCCAACAAAGGCUCUACGUCCCCUGGCCGCUCCCGCAGAGGAAAACCCCGCUACAGGAAAACCGGCAAAGGCAGCAGUGGGGAUUUGGCUCAGCUGAAAGCCACUCUCUCCUCAUCUUUAGCAAUGAUCAACUCCACCUCAUCUGUUCCUAGUAGCAAGUACCGUCUAGACCCCAGUGCAGCCCUGAGAGGUCUGCAGCAUGAUCUGCUGCUCAAAAAGAUGUCCUCCUCUAGCCCUGAUCUAAUUUCAACCACCCUUGAGGCUGAAGGCCGGAGGAAGGGGCAAUUGAGGCCAGGACUGGACAGAGCAGGCAGUCAGAGUGCCUCAGCUGGGCUGGAAGAGAGCAGAGGGAGUGAUGAGCCAGAGGAUGGGCCUCAUGUGGGUGUGGGGACGGAUGACCUAGCAGAAACACCUCCACGCAGUGACACGCCCAGUGAAGAUGCAGCAUCUAUUCCGUUCUCCAGCAGCCCUGACUCACCGUGUGGAAGAGGGGCAGCUGCAGGGAGGUCUACUGUACUUGGGAACGCUCGUGUCCCCCAUGAGGGAGAGGAGAAGGAGGAUGGGACAGUGAUCACCCGCUCACCCAGAAGUCAACGCCUCACACCUGCUGCACUGCUCUACAGGGCAGCUGUCACACGAAGUCAGAGACGUGGAGUGUCUUCAGAGGAAGAGGAGGGAGAAGUAGACAGUGAAGUAGAACUGCCAAGGAGACGGCGGCCUGUGAGCAUCACCAAAUGCCAGUCCCUGUCAACCUUCAGCUCUGAGAACUUAUCGGUCUCAGAUGGAGAGGAAGGAAACACCACGGACCACUCCCACAGCGGCACACCUGAUGUGGUCAGCACCAACACAGACGAGCGCCUUGACGACAAAAGUGACGACCUGCUGUCUCAGGGCUCUGAGAUUCCUGCUGAUCCAUCUGAUCCAACUCAACUGGGCUCUGACGGGUUGUCCGAAAAGGAAGCCAUCCUACGACAAGUUAAGACGCAUCUUGCUUCAAAUGAACAUAAUUAUGAAGGCUUGUAUGAUGACUCGGACUGCGACAGCGCAGAGCUGGACAAUUCUUGCAGUGCAGAGCCCAGCCAUCCUCCAACCAACUGGUGAAAAUCAGGCAACCCACUCAAAAACCCGCAGAUCCAACCUCUGAACACCUCUUUCACCAUCAGAGAGAAUGGAGAUGAUCAGUGACACUGAAUGGAGGAAGGACAUGAAGACCUGCCUUCCUCAAAAACCUGAUAUAUAAGAGUAAAAAAAUACCAUUUUUUCUAAGACUUCACACAUCACAGGGAUGUGAGACUUCACUGGAGCACUGGCUGAGCCAACAGAACAACCAUCCCCUAGUGCCCUCACCAUAGCAACAGGACUGCGAUCAGCUUUGCAAAAACGCAUCAAAUUACACCUCAGCAAGAGAAGUCUCCGUCACAAAGGCCAAUAACAUAACUGUCCGUUAAUGUCAAUGUUGAUUUCCAUUUUUAUCUCUAAACUGUGUCAUUGUUUUUUUCUUUUUUACAUUGUGUCAUGAAAAUGUGAUCAUGUGGUUUUUCCAGGGCAUCUGUACCAUUUUACAGUUAAAAUUGUCAACAUUUCUGGUACAGCCGCUAAUGUUGAUCCUUGCACUUCAUUUAUAUAUAUAAAAAAAUAAUCUGUCAUAAUGCAUUUCCUCUUAAAACAUUAUGCACUAAUUUAUUUCUUUUAC